AUGGCAUCAGCUAUCAGAAAAGAUAGAUCUGAGCUUUUUAGCACCGGAGAAUUGAGAUCUAGCUUCGCUAAUUCGUCGGAGAGGAUAGAUCUAAAAGUUUCGAAGUUGAAUCUAGUGGUGACGGAAGAACCAAGGCUGUUGAUGUCACUAGCGCUGACGGUGCCUCUGUUUUCGGUGGGUCCUAUAACCACGGUGGGCGGUUGUGGUGGUGGCGGUUAUCACGGCGGUGGAUAUGGUGGUGGUCGUGAUAGUGGCUACGGCGGUGGAUACGGUGGUGGUAACUGUGGAGGUGGUGGUUACGGUGGCGGUGGCUAUGGAGGAGGCGGUGGUGGAGGAGGAGGUAGUGGCUGUUUUAAGUGUGGUGAGAGAAUUGAGGGAGAAGAGAGAGGGGAUUGA